AUGACUGAACAAGCCCGUGUGCUGAGAGCGACACGCGAUGCAGCACUGGGGAAAAAAUUCCACAAACUGCCUGAUCCGACGUCAUCCAGAGGCGUCACACUGCUACACAGCCUGUCGUCAAAGGAACUGACGAAGGAGCAAGUACAGAUUUUACGGCACGAAGCCUCAUUCAACACAGCUGACGCCAAACCUGUCAACAUGAUUGCAGCUGUGGGAUCGGUCAUUAAUCAGACGGAAGCGGCGGAGGAGACAAAGAACCUAAUCCGACACCAAGUGUCGUCCUGCCUUAUGACCCACAAACCGCGGGAAAUAUUCCCAAAGGUCGAACGCGAUGCACUAAGAGAACUCAAGGCCGACAAGGACAUCGUCAUCGUGCUCGCGGAUAACGGCCGUUCCACCGUCGUACUGGGCAAAACAGACUACCUUCAGAAGGCCAAAGACCUACUGGAGGAUCGCCAGUUUUAUGUCCCAUGUGAAAACAACCCCGUAAAAACGCUGACACGCGAAAUUAAUGCGACACUGUUGGCACUCCAACGUACGGACUAG